AGCGAGCGAAAUCCCCUGGUUUUCCCGCCGUGCUUUGCGAAGCCCCUGGCACUGACGUGGCCGCCGGGAGCCGCCAUCUUGUGUGCCUGGGCGCAGUGAGGGAAAAAGAGGGAGGGAGAGGGAGGAGGAAGGAGAAGAAGAAGCCGAAGGAAGGAAGGAGGAAGGAGGGGAGGGGGGGCACACAGAAGCGCAGGAAAGGAGCAGCCCGGUAAGGAGCGAGGCAAACGGCCGCCCGAUUUCCUUGGCCAGUAAGUGAACAUCAGACUUAAGAAUGGGGAAUAUUUUUGCUAACCUCUUCAAAGGCCUCUUUGGCAAAAAAGAGAUGCGUAUACUUAUGGUUGGGCUGGAUGCUGCAGGAAAAACUACUAUAUUGUACAAACUUAAACUCGGUGAAAUAGUAACUACAAUCCCUACUAUAGGUUUCAAUGUAGAAACUGUAGAAUACAAGAACAUUAGCUUCACGGUGUGGGAUGUAGGUGGUCAGGAUAAGAUCAGGCCACUUUGGCGCCAUUAUUUCCAGAAUACACAAGGUUUGAUCUUUGUGGUGGAUAGUAAUGACAGGGAGAGAGUCAAUGAGGCCCGAGAAGAACUUAUGAGAAUGUUGGCAGAAGAUGAGCUCAGAGACGCUGUCCUUUUAGUGUUUGCUAACAAACAGGACCUGCCUAACGCGAUGAAUGCAGCAGAAAUCACAGACAAACUAGGACUGCAUUCUCUUCGCCACAGGAACUGGUAUAUCCAGGCCACCUGUGCCACUAGUGGAGAUGGUCUCUAUGAAGGACUGGACUGGUUGUCCAAUCAGCUCCGAAACCAGAAAUGAAGUCCUAAAAAUAUUCCUUUCCCUCUUUUUUUUCCACCUCUCCUUAUUUCCUCCUCCUCUUCCUCCUUUGCCCUUCGCUUUACUCUGAUGUGGCAAACCAUGCUACUUUGUGGUAUUGAGUGCCAGAAGCUGUUUUCAUUUCUCUUGUCACAGGAAGUUCUUCACCGUGCUGUACAUGUGGCAAAUCCAAGCCUGAAAACAGUUUAGGUUUCUUAUUUAAUGUAAAUAGUUCUUGUUUCCAAUGAGACAGUUUCUGGUACUCCUAUGCAAUAUUACUCAGCUUUUUUAUUAUAAAGAAAAUCAAUUCGCUGUUUAGUACUGGGAAAGGGAUUUAAAGUGGAUUCAAAGAAAAGUUGCCGGUUGUCUGGUUGUACGCUAGAGCUGAAUACGAUCCCUCUUGGCUUGCGAGGUCUGUAGGGAAGCAGGAUUUGGUGGCUAUUUUUUAGCCUGGAGAUGUCAGUUUCUUUUUUUAAAGAAAAAAGGAAAGUUGAAACACUUGAACAAAAUGUCCAUUGUGAGUUCUGCAACAACUUGAAUACCAGCAAUUUAACAUGUUACAGAUCCACGGAAUGAGCAGCAUUCUGGAUCUUUCUGUGCUUGACAACCUUUUUGUGUGUGGUUUUUUUCCCCCUUGUGAAUGUGAGAUCUCCUAAAGUCAGAACUAGUUCAGUUUAGGCCACAGACGUAAGAGAAAUUGGCAUACAUACAAACACUAAAGCCCUCCAGUGCUCUCUCAUAUUUGAGCAAGAACGGGUUUUUUUCUUCUUGCUUCUCAUUUGGGUGCCAUCUUCAUCUGUUCUGUUGUCUUCCCUCCACCUGCACACCCCAAGUGUUUUGGACUUUUCUCAUGUAGACUACUCCAGAAGGCAAAUUCUUUCCACAGAAGCAGGCCACAGCAGUUCUUAGCUCUGUCAUCAGCAAGUACUGUACUUAAGUAAGAAAUGCCAUCUAAUGUAGUGUCUAGGGGGAAAAAUAUAAAAAGCAUGAGAGUUUGGAGUUCCAUUCCAUUCUAGAAGUGUUUGAUGCCAUUGUUUUGGAACAACCCCAUAUCUGUAUAUGUGUGAAAACCCUUCACAUCCCUCAUACUGCAAGGUUCAGAUUUGCCAUCAAGAAGACCUUUAACUUUUUUUUCUUUUGUAUUUUGAUAAAACACUGAAGAAGCUGGAGCUCUUUAAACUUUAACUUUGAGGAACUAUCAGAACUGGUUUGUUUAGUGUUGUGGAAAAUCUCUCUAUUUGCUUUCAAUACACAGUAAUCAACUGUUUUGUAUACUUGUUUUCAGUUUUCAUUUCGACAAACAAGCACUGUAAUUAAAGCUGUUAGAAUAAAAAUCUCUUAACUAUU